AGGGCGAGUUAUUUGCAUCCUUCCUUACUCUUCUCUCCUUCGUCAUCGUUAUCGUCAUCAUCGUCGUCAUCGGUCGUAGGUUUUCCAAUCUUGACCGCAACGACCACAUCAAGCGAUCUAGCCACUCCACAAGACAAUAACGCACGACACCCGGCGGCUGCCGGUUCCUCGAUUCCAGGCUUGAUACCGAGCUCUCGGCCCCUGCGAUCCAUCCAGUCGUCCCUUUCUGGAUCUCCCGCAACUCCCUUUGCCCGAUCGAAACCGGAUUCCAGUUGGUCGGUAUCUGUCCCGCUUCGGCGCGGAGAUUCGCGGCCAAUCUUCGCCUUCUUUCUUCUUCUUCUUAUUUGAGUGUUUUUUUAUCGGACGAAAUUAGGGUUUGAACUUUGAAGCUCGUACUAGUUUGCCUCAGGGGCUUUGAGGCGAGGGUGAGAUAUUUCCCCUCUUUCGUUUCCUCGCCCUCGUUCCUCACUUUUUUAGGGUUUGCUGCUCUGGAUUAGCAACGCUUAUCGUUUGAGGAAUUGGGUCAGUUGAUCGCCCCUUUGGGUGUUAGGGUCGUCCUCUGGAAUAAUUGGAGUGGUUUUUAUGGUGGCAUCUUUGUUUCGUUCCGGAUAGAGUGCGCUCCCGUAGAUGUCUGAUACCGUGAGACGCAUACAUAAAGGGUGAAGCUUGACCAUCUGAGCAAAAAGAGGUUUUCCCCCUCCCCUGACGGUUUAGGUUUCCUACCAGAAAAGUUCUUAUAAUUUUAUGAUGCAAACUUAGAGGCUGUGGUGGGUGCAGGACUUCAAGAUUGGUUCUUCAUUUCGGAAGCUUCAUGUUUGGGCGAGAGGUAGAAGAUCUUAACUGCAUAUUGAUAAUGGUCUUUGUGGAAAAUGGAGCAAGGUGAACCAGCAUUGGUUCCACAGUGGUACAAGAUUGCAAACGGGAACACUUCAACCAAUGGCCUGCGAACCAAUUCAUCUAAACGUUUUGAUGAAAAUAGUGUGGGACAUAGCCCAAGAAAUAGAUUACUAGGCAACCAUGAUAGGAAUAUACGACGGAGUUUGAGCUCCAACGAAUCUGUAGAGAAAGGGAGCUCUGGCAGAUCACAGGCUUACAGUAAUUUUCGGAGGUCUCGUGAUAGGUACCAGGAUAGGGAUUUUGAUUCCCGUGACAGAGAAAAUAAGUCACUUUCAUUUGACAAUGGAUUUGAUUAUCAUGAUUCAGUAUUAGGAGUUAGGUCCGAGGAGCAUGCCUUAAGGCGUUCCCAAUCUUUGAUAGCAGAAAGGCAAGCUGAGUCCCGGGCAAAAAAGCUUGGAAGUAGUGGAAAUAACAGUUCUCCAUCUAGGGGAAGUAUCAUUGGAAAUAUUGGUAAAACCUCAUUUGAGAAAGAGUUUCCAUCUCUUCAGGUUGACGCAAAGCAGAGCUUCUACGAUGCAUCUACUGUAUCACCUCUCGGUCUUAGAACUGCUGUUCAGAGUCUUCCUGCUAUUACUCCUGUCAUAAUUGGGACUUCAGCCCUGGCAGAAGUACCAGCCAAAGUUGAGACUGAUGGAAGUAUACAUUCUCCUGUUUUACCAACUAGUACCAUCAAUCAAGCAUCUACACCUGGAAGCAGUAUGCCAGGAUUAAACAUGGCAGAGGCAUUGACUCAGGUUCCAUCUCAAGUUAGUGAUGUACCUCAGUUGCUCAUAAACACUCAAAGGAUUGAGGAACUUACUCUUCGAAAAUGCAAGCAACUAAUACCCAUGACACCUUCAUUGCCUAAAUCCUUGAAUGGCAGUCUAUCGGAUAAGACAAAAUCCAAAGUUGCAAGAGCUGGGGAUUUUAAUUCUCUUAGCAAGGUUGCCCAACAGUCACAUGUGAACCAAACUAUCCGGUCAUCAACUAAUUCUGAUGCUGCAAAGAUAUCGUCAGUGGGGACUUUUCAGGUUCUUAACCGAGAGAAGAAUGACAUCAUCUCUGUUGCUAAAGAUGGCCAAGGUGUCAGCAAGUCUGUGAACGCUGUUGCCCCUUUUCCUUCUGCAGUUGUUCCAUCGAAGAUCCCAACUGACCAAAAUCUUAACAUAGACAAAAAUGCAGGGGAUAGAAAAAUCCUUUCUCAAGCUCAAAAUAGGAAUGCAUUCUUCAAUUUACUAAGGAAGAAAUCUUCAAGUGGUUCAACUAGUGUUUCAAAGCCAAGCUCAGUUGAACCAGCACUGACCACUGAGAAGUCAAAUGCAGAGCACCAGCACUGCACCUCCCCUGUUAAUAAUAAGGUGAAUAAUAGCUUUCCAUCAGAAUCUGCUCUUAAUGGAUCAACAGAGGUCGGAAGCAUGAGUGAAGAUUUUUGCACUUCGAAUCUGUCAGAGAGAUCUUACUCGGACAAUGGAGAAACUAAUCCUGACUCGGACAUUGUUGUCGAUCCUGAAGAGGAAGCCUUCUUACGAUCUCUUGGAUGGGACAAAAAUGGAUGGGAGGAAGCCCUUACUGCUGAGGAGAUUGACGACUUUCAUAAGAAGUACGAGAAGCAGAUACCACUGAAGAUUGUGCCCGAGUAUGUAGACUGAAGCAAUUCGUCUGGUGCCGAUGCUUGAAGUCUGAAACUGAGCAUAUUUCCAUUCAAUAUCAAAUGCCCUCAGUGAGCUAGUUUUUUUUUUUUUUUUUUUUUUUUUCUUGAAGUGUUUUCUCAUUGAUAUUUAUGGGAACUAGAGAUACGAGCUGUGAAAAUAUAGGUUGGAGAAAAGAAAUCAAUGAGUUUUGGUCCUUUAGCUUCCAAAAUGAAUUUGAAAUGAUGAAUAAGAUCAAAUUUCUUCCCUUAUAA